AUGACAGACAAAAUGAAUGUUGACUUGACAGACGAGACUGACACAGGCAAUACUAACAACAACGGACAAGACAAAAGGAAAAAUCAAAAGAAAGAGGUAAACACGAACAAAAAUUCAACAAGGAAUGACUGGACCAAAAUACGACACACAGCUUUCUACAUCACAAGGGAAAGCCAAGAUGUCAAACCGGUUCAUACAAUGGAAAUCGCAAAAAUAUUACACAACAUCGGCAUCAAAAACUAUAAAGAACUGAAAUUUGCUGGACAAGGACGGUACCGAAUCACAUUCAAUCGACCGAGAGAGGCAGAAGACUUGCUUAAUUCCAAGCUUCUGUCGGAGGAGUUUAAAUACAAGGUGUAUGUACCCAACAUGCUGAAGGAAUCGAUAGGGAUUAUUAGGAAUGUCCCCCCAUCGCUCACCGAAACCGAGAUUCUAAACAACAUCCAAACAGGAGGAAAGAAGAAGAUCAUCAAAGUGGAACGGAUCAACAGGAUGAAGGACCAAAUCCUAAUACCAACAUACACAGUGAAAGUCUACGUAACAGGACAGGAACUUCCAGAAAACGUCUCGAUCUAUGGUGUUCCAGCGAUUGUUGAAGCGUACAUCUUUCCCAUUAAGAUGUGCAACAAAUGUUGGAGGUAUGGACACAGACAAAGUAAAAAGUAG